AUGAACCUGUCAGAGGGGCUCUCAUUUCUCUUCUCCUGUAAUGUCAGCCCAAGUGCAAUGCCAGAGCUCUACAUUAGUGUCACCAAAAGUGAGCCGCUGACAGUCGCUGUCCCCAUGACGAUCCUCUACAGCAUCAUCUUCUUGUUUGGAGUCUUAUUCAAUGGUGUGAGCAUACUGACCCUCAUCAUGGAUGCCCAUAUGAGAGUCAGUGCUAUCCGUUUCUACCUUCUCAGCCUGGUCAUGUCAGACAUUUUGCAGCUGUUGACCAUCCCUGUGACUGUGUAUCGGUACUACUGGGAGAGCUAUCCCUGGCGCCUGGGACAAGCCCUGUGCAAGGUGUACUUCAUGGUCCGUCAGAUGUACUGUGCCACCACAAGCUGGGUUAUCAUGACCUUCACAACUGAGCGCUAUGCGGCCAUUUGCCACACUAUGUGGUCUGUCACCAGUCUGAAGAAGUCUCGACUGCCUUGCCUCCUUUGGGUUUGGCUAAUUUCUCUGGUCUCAGCAGUGCCGUUUGCUGUAGUCUAUGGCCAGGCUCGUGCCUGCAUCUUGGAUUACACUGCCACCACACCGGAGGACGCCUUCUAUGUCUCCACCAUGUGUGAGAUGACAGAACCUGAUCCUGCACACAUAUACAAAGGAGCCCUACUCUUGAGGGCGGGUUUAUUCUUUUUGGUCCCAUUGGUGGCCAUCUUUACUCUCUACCUGCUUAUCCUGGUCCACCUGAGGAGAAAUGGGCGUCAGAGGAGAAACAUGGGUCUCACCCGGCCAAAUCCUGAUGGAAGACGAGAUGUCCAGUGCCACCAGAAUGGAAAGCUACUUCUAAAUGAAAAAAGAGCUCUAAGACUUAUGGGUGCAGUAGUGGUGGCCUUUUUUAUUUGCAACUUUCCAGACAUAGCCUCGUCCCUGAUGCAGGUGUAUGUAGUAGUGUGGUCGGACACUGUCCUUUCCAUCUACACAGUUCUAAAGUCCUAUUUGUCACUUCCACUGUGGUAUAUAAACAGCGCUCUGGACCCCCUCCUCUUCUCAAUCUCCUCACACACCUUCCGAAGGGCCUGCUGGAGGACUCUGGGUAAGCUCAGGCCUCAUUGCUAUUGGAAAUAUGGAAGCAUGGCUUGGCUGGGGCAGAGGAGCUCUGAUGGGAUGAGUGCAACAAGCAGGGACAGAAGUGAUGCUAAAUGCUCUGGAGAGAAACGGGAUACAAGGAGAGCUCCAGGCAUCGACAAAUCAGACCAGGAGAACAGCAAUAGCCUUAGAAGACCCUAUCAACAUUAG